CAACGCUCCAUUUCGCCAGCCGAUAUGUCUCGACACCAGGCGUACCGUAACUACGAUUACGAGAACGAUCUUGAGGAGUACGAUGGCGGUAACUACUCAGACGAAGAAGAAUUGAGUCCCGAGGAUGAAGCGCAGAUGAAAGCCGCAACAGCCGAAGUGUCUACCGCACUCGGAAACGAAGCGCACAAAGUCUCAACAGCCCAGAUCCAGCAGUCCCUCUGGCACACCUAUUACGAUGUCGAUAAAACCGUUGCUUACCUGCUGAAUAAAUUCAUUGCGCCCCCCACGACGAAGCCGCCCAAGAACAAGGAAGCAGCGAGUAACAAGAAACUUGCGAGUUCAACAAAGAAGAAGGGCGGAUCCGACGAAAAAACAGAUCAAGCUGCAGACGGUGUGAAAGCCCUCAAGAUCAACGACACACCCUUGCCGAAGAGCAAAAACUUGGACGUUCUGAGUGAAUUCGAAAAAAGCAAGAGCAAGAAGAGUGCGAGUUUUGUUGUUGUUGGUCAUGUCGACGCAGGGAAGAGUACUUUAAUGGGCAGAUUACUGUUGGACCUGAAUUUCGUUGACCAAAGGACGAUCGAAAGAUAUCGUAAAGAGGCUGAGAGUAUGGGGAAGUCGUCUUUCGCACUCGCAUGGGUCUUGGACCAAAGAACAGAAGAGCGAUCCCGAGGAAUCACAAUCGAUAUUGCAACAAAUAAGUUUGAGACGGCUACGACAUCAUUUACCAUACUCGAUGCACCUGGCCAUCGGGACUUCAUACCCAACAUGAUUGCAGGAGCAAGUCAAGCUGAUUUCGCCAUUUUGGUAGUGGAUGCCGCUACAGGUGCCUUUGAAUCAGGGCUCAAAGGCCAAACCCGUGAACACGCACUUCUCAUCCGAAGCAUGGGCGUUUCGAGGGUCCUGGUUGCUGUGAACAAGCUUGACACCGUCGGGUGGUCUCAAGAACGGUUCGACGAAAUAGAGCAACAAGUCUCUGGGUUUCUGUCCGCGACGGGCUUUCAAUUAACAAAUGUCAGCUUCGUACCGGUGUCUGGCCUUCUUGGUGACAACCUAGUCAACAGGUCUCAAGACCCAGCUGCAAGCUGGUUCACUGGCGAGACGUUAGUGAAGGAGCUGGAGAAUUCGGAGCCAAUGGUACGUGCGUUGGACAAGCCGCUACGCAUGACAAUAUCCGAGGUUUUCAGAUCAACACAGAGUCCGCUUACGAUUUCGGGGAGGAUCGAUGCCGGAUCUUUGCAAGCAGGAGAUGCGCUCCUCAUUCAGCCCAGUGGGGAAAAAGCGUAUAUCAAAUCUCUUGAACUGGACUCAGAACCGGUCGACUGGGCAGUUGCAGGCCAGAAUGUCGUCAUCCAUUUGAGCAACAUCGAUCCUAUACAUGUGCGAGUCGGCGACAUCGUGUGUGAUCCCAAAUCACCAAUCGGCUGUAUCGAUACAUUUACAGUCAAGGUAUUGGCGUUCGAUAUUUUGAUGCCAGGACAAGUAGAUGUGCAUCGAGGGAGAUUGCACGCUUCCGGGCAGAUCAUGGAAAUGCCAGCACUUCUGGACAAGGUCAAGGGCACGGUAGUGAAGAAGAACCCCAAGAUCGUCAAACCGGCCAGUGUGGCUAGAAUUAGGAUCAAGAUGGGCAGUAAGGUGCCACUAGAGGCUGGGCAGAGGGUCGUACUUAGAAGCAAUGGGGAGACUAUAGCUGCUGGCUUGCUAGAAUGAUUCACAGACAACGGUUGACGACGGAUUCGGUUUGAACGUUUGAUGGAACCUUGGCCGUGGUCGCUAGGUAGUUGGAAUGGAAGUGAGACGGCGCCCUUUUCAUGCCAUGUUCCAGCGCAUCAAUAAGAUCAUGAAAUAGCUGUCAAAGUGUGAAUAUAAGAUAAGGAUAUGCCACAAAACGAGGCUCAUAAAUGUUGGAG